AUCGAAUCAGUUUAAACUGUUAUACUAAUAAUUCAUAUUGUACCUGCCGAACCCUUGAUUAUAAUAUAGACUCAAAGGACUACCAUUCAUUCCAAUCACUGAACCAAAACAAUAGCUAAUUCUAUACUUGCUAAUGUUGCAGACCAACAACCAACUUCAUCCUCCAUCCCAGCCCCAUAGGCAACAUACUGCAUCCAACAGCAACGCAACAUCGGCUAGACUUGCCAAUCAGCCUACAUUGAUCGAGUUUAAACACUUGAGAUUCUUGGUGUUUGAUGCUCCUUCAGAUCGCAUCAUCGACCUGUAUAUCAAGGAGUUUCAAAAUCACAAUGUGACUGAUGUAGUUCGGGUUUGUGAUUCGACUUAUGAUCGAGGUGCUUUAGAAAAGGUUGGCAUCAAAGUGCAUGAUUGGCCUUUUCCGGACGGAGAAGCACCAUCUGACAGUAUUGUGCAUGCUUGGCUCAACCUUGUCAUGCAGCGAUUCUCAAAAGAUAAAAAGGACGACAAGUCUCCAUCGCCAUCACCAUUGGACUUAUCAUGCAUUGGCGUGCAUUGUGUUGCUGGACUAGGAAGAGCUCCAGUACUUGUAGCAAUGGCUUUGAUUGAAGCGGGAAUGGCUCCGCUUGACUCGGUCAUUUAUAUCCGAGAAAGACGGCGAGGAGCAAUUAAUGCACGACAGCUCAAAUACUUGGAGGCAUACAAGCGACGAGGAAAAGAAAAAACAUGCAUCAUUCAAUGAUUGAUCAGUGAUAUUUUUGCAUCUGCCGUUUUCAAUUGGUGCGUUACGAAUUUUCUUGGAAAUGAGAGUGAAUGUUGGAUUCAUCUCAAGUUUUUCAAACUGUCGAAUAAAUCCUAGUGCUGUCAUCCU